AUGACACCCCAAAACCUCAUGCUCCUUCCUCUUUCAACCCCUAAAUUAUCCAUUGGAUGCCCAAUACUAGAUGACUGCUUGGGGGGUGGGAUACCCUGCAACUCCAUAACAAAAUUGGUAGGGGAGAGUGGUUCCGGGAAGACGCAGCUUUGUCUCCAACUUACGCUAGGAGCUCAGCUCCGACCCUCACAUGGCGGACUAGGGGGCUCCUCCGAGCCAUUGGAGGACAUAUAUGUUCGUGGUGUUAAUGAUGCUCAACAACUCAUCCAUGUCCUUGGAGACCUAGAAGCAUUUAUUGCCAUUGAUCACACCCGCCUACCAGUGAAACUCAUUGUCAUUGACUCCAUUGCUGCAUUGUUCCGAUCACAGUAUCAGAAAACCCCGGCAGAUUUCAAACGGCAGUCUGAAAUGUUCUUCAACAUAUCUGGGACAUUGAAGGGUUUAGCAAAUAAGUUUGGGUUGGCGGUGGUUGUCACCAACCAAGUGGUGGAUUUUAUCGGCCCACGUGAUGGAGUGAAUGGGGUGAGGUUGGGAAACUUGGAGUCCCUGGACACAUGA